AAGCGCUUCCGUGUGUGUGAAUUCCAGGAAGAAUUUUUAAAAGGAACUUCAUUAUGGUGUGAAUCUGUGCACUUGAGGUGAGACACAAAUUUGGAUGCCUCGAACAGGAUUGCUCUCGCCACACUUGGAUAGGUAGACUGGUGCCUUAGGAUCCAACCCUGGGCCUUGGUAUGCCAGUUCUAGGAAGUCACCUUUGUGUGUCUGCAUGGCUUCACUGGUGGCAUAUGAUGAUUCUGACACAGAGACCGAGACUGAGCCUGCCAGAAGUGUGAACUCUGAAGGUCAGAUGGAUGAUGCCUCUGGUGUGACCAGGCCUUCUGGGAUGGCUUUUGCAUCUGGUACAGUGGAUGUGGCAGGAGAGGUGGCACACCACACGAAGAGCAGUCCUCAUGAAGACCCAAGGGGCCAACAUCUGCCACUGCCUCAGAUCUGGAGCAGUCUGCCGGGAUCUUGUCCCAGCCAGAGGCUCCAGUGGCCCCCAAAGGAACCUGAUAUCACCUUCUUCACCAGUGAGUCUCCUCGCCCUUCUUUGUGGAUGAGCCGAGCUCCAGCUGGCCAUGUGACCCUGGCAGCUGCCUGCUUAAAGCCAGCUAAACCUGCUCGGGAUGCCCUCGCGUCAUCUUCUCAUACUCAAAGCGAAGCUGAAAGCACCUUUAGAAUUACCAGCUCUUCUCAGAGGAAAAGGGGUGAGGACUGUGUGGUUCCCUAUACCCCCAAGAGACUGAGGCAAAUGCCGGCACUGAAUCCAGAAGCUGUUGGGGGCAAAGACACAGCGCCUCCAGGAUGUGCCCCAGCCCCCCUCUGUGUGGCUCCCACAGUGUCUGAGUUCAUCCAGCCAUAUUUGAAGAGUCAGCACAGAGAGACUAAGGUCCCCGAGAAAGUGCUUUUCCACCUGCGAGGCCACAGGGGCCCUGUCAACACUAUUCAGUGGUGUCCGGUCCUCUGUAAGAGCCACAUGCUUCUCUCCACUUCCAUGGAUAAAACCUUCAAGGUGUGGAAUGCCGUGGACUCAGGGCACUGCCUGCAGACCUACUCCGUGCACAGUGAGGCGGUACGGGCUGCACGAUGGUCUCCCUGUGGCCGGCGCAUCCUCAGUGGUGGCUUCGACUUUGCCCUGCACCUAACAGACCUCGAAACAGGAACCCAAGUAUUUAGUGGUCGGAGUGACUUCAGAAUCACCACGUUGAAAUUUCAUCCAAAAGAUCACAACGUCUUUUUAUGUGGCGGCUUCAGCUCUGAAAUCAAAGCUUGGGACAUGAGGACUGGCAAGGUGGUGAGAGGCUACAAGGCAACUAUCCAGCAGACCCUGGACAUACUCUUCCUCCAAGAAGGGUCUGAGUUCCUGAGCAGCACCGACGCAUCCACUCGGGACUCUGCUGACCGAACCAUUAUCGCCUGGGAUUUCCGGACUGCUGCCAAAAUCUCCAACCAAAUUUUCCAUGAGAGGUACACCUGUCCCAGCCUCGCCUUGCAUCCGAGGGAGCCUGUGUUCCUGGCACAAACCAAUGGCAACUACCUGGCUCUCUUCUCCUCUGUGUGGCCCUAUCGGAUGAGCAGACGGCGGCGCUAUGAAGGGCACAAGGUGGAAGGCUAUGCUGUGGGCUGUGAGUGCUCCCCAUGUGGCGACCUGCUGGUGACAGGCAGCGCUGAUGGCCGGGUUCUGAUGUUCAGCUUCCGCACCGCCAGCCGGGCCUGCACACUCCAAGGGCAUGCUCAGGCCUGCCUUGGCACCACCUACCACCCCGUGCUGCCUUCGGUCCUUGGCACCUGCUCCUGGGGAGGAGACAUCAAGAUCUGGCACUAAUUGGCUACUGCGACCCUGACCCUGGGUGGGUGACACUAGAGUUCACUGGAGGUUAGGCCAGUGCAGGGGCCUGCCCAGCUGCCUGUUGAGCCUCAGUGACUCGUCUGUAAAAAGGGGGUGAGAAGCUGUCUCAGGGUGUAAAGACUGCAUUAGUAAAGGCUUUUGCUAAAUGCCUGGUGAUUCUCCAUCAAGUGUAUGUUCUCUAGUUUUUCUUAAUGUGAGUUUGGAAAAGAACACUUAUCAGCAGCCCCCUGUUACCUUCAUCCUGCAGGUAGGGGAGCUCAAGGUGGGAGUGUCACCUGCUGGUCCCGAGGGUGUUAUCCUUGGGACACUGGGGCUCUGGGUCUUCGAUCUGCCCAGGAACUCAGUGCAGGAACUACACAGGGCCCUGCCACUCACCUGCUCCCUGCUAGACACCAAAGCCAUGCUUCUGCUCCCCCCCUCCCCUGUCACCUCUCUGGUCCUCUACCCCGCUGUUUGCCCACUAGCCACAGCUAUGUGUCUAUCCUGGAAGGGGUGAUGAGGAGAAGCCCUGUCCCAAAAGCACCUCCAGGAACUGACUGGGCUGGGUUAGGAAGUGUGGUGGUUUGAAUAAAAAAUAUGGCUCCCAAAGGCUCAUAUA